AUAUUACUAUGAUGUGAUGUAUCAGACAUUAUGUGAAAGUAAUUGUUGAAGACUAUAAUUAUUGGAUCUAUCUGCAGUAUUCCAAAUUCUGGCAAACGAUGUUGUUUGUAAUUUGUAUAACCUGGCAAAGUAAUGACGACUGAAGAGUUGCGAAAGAGCUUACAACAAAAACAGCUUUUAUUUCUUCAAAAUAUCAAUUAAAGAGGCAGUUUAUACGACGGUAGGCACAAGGAUUGUUAGUGAAACAGUGGAAUAUGCUUCCACGAAAUAAUGAGUUGCUGUGUGGUGUCGUUGAAGGAUUCUAUGGCAGGCCAUGGCGUACUGACCAAAGGAAAGAUCUGUUCUGCUUGAUGAAACGUCUAGGCCUCAACACGUAUAUGUAUGCGCCCAAAGAUGAUGCUAAACAUCGAGCUUACUGGAAAGACUUAUAUUCUGUUGAAGAAGCAGAUCAUUUAACAGCGUUGAUCACGGCUGCCAGGGAAAGUGAUGUGCAAUUUGUUUACGCCUUGUCACCAGGUCUGGACAUCAUCUACUCUAGUCCAAAAGAAGUGACAGCACUAAAACGGAAACUUGAACAGGUUUCUCAGUUUGGCUGCAAGGCGUUUGCCCUUCUCUUUGACGACAUUGACACAGACUUGUGCCAAGCAGAUAAGGAUGGUUUCCAGUCUUUGGCACAUGCGCAGGUGUCAGUCACUAAUGAAGUCUAUGAGCACCUUAAUCAACCUUGCUUCCUGCUUUGUCCAACAGAAUAUUGUGCUACAAGGGCAACACCUAGUGUAGAAUCAUCGGAGUACCUGGCAACUAUUGGGUCAAAGCUUCUGCCGGAUAUUCUCUUCAUGUGGACAGGACCAAAAGUUGUAUCAAAAAACAUCAGUGUUGAGUCAAUCAAGAAACUGUCAAGUGUGAUUAAAAGGAAACCAGUAAUUUGGGACAACAUACAUGCGAAUGAUUAUGACCAAAAGCGACUUUUCUUAGGUCCAUAUGAAGGUAGAUCAACAGAGCUGAUACCAUAUUUGAACGGUGUAAUGACCAAUCCAAAUUGUGAAUAUGAAUCAAAUUUCAUAGCGUUUCAUACACUUGCUUCUUGGGCCAAAAGCGAUCUGGAAGAAGACAAACAGGACCAUGCAAUGGGUGAUAUAGGUGAUAUUUCAGACAAUCCCACAAUAGCAGCAGAAAUUAAACUUGAAAGGGAUGGGGAUAACGAAACACGGCAAAGCCCAGUCCCUAAUCAUGGAUGCUACCGUCCAGAAUUCGCUUUAAAAGCUGCCAUAGCCGAUUGGCUUGAAGUCAUUCAAGAGGCAAGAACAGCAGAGGGCCUCCGACUUAAAUCCCCGGCCCUAAUGAACUCGAACUUGGCGGUGGUUGCCGCCAUUUCUGCCCCAAUCCCAAGCAUUAACACAUGUAUGGCAGUGACUCAAACUACGAACACUGUAAUGCCGCCGGUACCGCCCGAAGGAACUUUAAAUGCUGACCUCAUUAAGAAUAGUGGCAGCAACUACACACCUAUGAUGAAUCCUGUAAAUUCUUUAGUUACGAAAACAACGGAUGAAAUUUUGGAACCAAUGGACUGUCUACCUGAAAACGGAGCUCUAAAAUCUGAGCCCAUUCCAACGAAAACGAGCUCCGUUGUAUCAAUAUGUCCGCCCACUGUUUCUAAAAACUUUGACACUGUUAUGCAGGUGGAUGACAGUCUAAGCAAAGAUUCUAACGGCAAGACAGAUCCUGCUUCUAAUAGUGUGAUUCUUAGCAGUACUGAUACAAAUGACACCGAAAUGCAAAUUGAUGUGGAUCAAAAUGGAGGCGAGAACAUGGACGAUGUUAAGCCUACGGAAGAGAAUGACAUUGAUCCUCCUGAAUUGAAUAAAUGUAGCAUUGUUAAACUGACUGUAGAAGAUGUAGCUUUGUUAGUAGACCUUUUUUAUUUACCUUAUGAACAUGGCAAACAAGCAGUUCAUUUACUAGAGGAAUGUUAUUGGUUAAAAUCUUAUGCUUAUGCAGUCACAGAAGCUAAGAGAAGUGGACAUCCAUCAGAUAAGGCACUUGAAUGGUCUGAAAGAGCUGCUAAGUUUGUAGAAAAUGGCAAGCGAAUGAAAACGAUGUUUACACGGCUAAUGAAUAUUCCUAAUCGUGCUCUAUUGUACGACCUAUACGGAUAUAUAUGGGAUAUGGAAGGUGUUAUUUCAAUGCUGGUGUCAUUCGUGAAGUGGCUUGCCCAUGGCUUGAUUCAACAGAUGCACUCCCAUAUCUUGCACAGUUACUACUCAUGGGGAAAUCACACCCACAGAGAAGCGUUUAUGAGCGGCGACCUAGAACCGUGGGUAUUUCGUGGCGGGCUGACCGGAGAAUUACAACGUAUGUUACCAAUUGACGGCGCCAACGAUUUGUUCUACAAAGUUCCACCGAAACAAAUAUGCAACAAGAUUUACACAAUUCGUCCAUUUCGAGUUUCUGAUGAGUUGGGAAUAUUUCGACAAUGCCGGUUGACGUACCAAGAUGGUAAAGAUGCCACCGAUUUGUUUCCAGAUCAACUUCAUCUACCAGGAAACCAGAAAGUUGGCGCAUUACUUACAUUUAGUCCUGAGUAUUGUUUCGUUGCCGAGGAAGACGGGGAGUUGUGUGGCUAUGCCCUGGCAACCCUGGACUCUUUAGAAUUCCAGAAGAAAUGUGAGGUGGCUUGGUUGCCAGAAAUGUGUAUGAAGUAUCCUAAACCAGAGAAGACAGAAGGUCUGAACCUCGCUGAGGAGAUUAUUGUCAGUUUUCACAACCACAAACCUUUUAGACCAGUGAAUAUGUUCCAGAGAUUCCCAUCGCUGUUAACUCUUAGUGUGCUGCCCACAGUUGAAGAUCAGGGUGUACUAAAGAACUUGUUAGCAUGUAUACUAUCAGCUCUGAAGGCAAAUGGAUCACGCGGUGCAUAUAGUGAAGUAUUGAAAUCAGACCAUGCAAUGAUAGAUUUCUACAAAAAACUAGGCUUCUUCGAUGUUCCAUUAACAGACAACAGAUCGGAAGAUUUUGUCAUCCUCGGUAGAAGCAUCUAGGUGUUGGGUUAUACAUUUAUUGUAGCAACUAAUGGGAUAAUGCACUCAGUAGACCUUUCCAAACAGUUUUUCCUUGAAAGUGUAAGAUGUACAGUUGUCCUGCAUUGAAAGUGUAAUAGUCUAUCCACACUAUAAGUUUUCUGUGACAAAUACCUGAGAUGCCCAUAUAUGGACAUGAUCACAUCCAAAUAUGAGUAUUUGUCACAUAAACAUUGAGAGUGUGGACACGACUUAAUGCUGCUAGAAGUCCUUACUUAAUGCUGCUACAAGCCUUUAACCUUAAUUUAGAUCUCCAGUGCAAUCCAAUCCAUAAAUAUAUUUUUAAAAUACUAAAGUGAAGUUACACUAGCAAGACACAGCUGUUUCACUAUUGUUUAAUACCUUAUUUAGACUAGCAUAUGCAAACGGUUGUAGCAGUUGCGCCAACCAAUCACAAUUCGUGUGUGGAAGCUCACCAAUAGUAGUCGAUAAGUAAUCGAAAUCGCUAAUUGUUACCCGUUGUGAUUGGGUGCUACAUUCUUUAUUACUCCCGAUUACCGCGGAAUCCGAUCGCAGGGAAAUACUGUACAACAAAUUCCACAGACACCAAUUGGCUGAGGUCAAUCAACAUAGGUCUAGUCACCGGAGUCCUAGAACAGUUUGACCUCCCGUUCCAAUAUAAAGUUUUUAUAUCAGAUUUGGUCUGGCUGCGCUCAUUGAUUGCGAUCGUGAGUAAUCAGUUUUGGUUUACUACCAUCACAACUGAUCGCAACGGAAUGUAGUCUGCAUAUGGUAUUAUUCCACACUUGCAACAAGCUUGAGCCAUGUGGAGGCUUGGAUACAUCAGGACACCUCACCUAACUUCUGCAUACAUUUGUGUUCUGUUUCUGAUUCAAACAAGGAUUCCAAAAAACUUAAAAUCAUUUCGAAUACAUUUAAAUUAGAUCUCGAUUAGUUCAGUGUGAACAAAGCUUCAAUGUUGGACUUGCAUACUUAAAUUGAAACUUAGAAAUUAAAAAGAGAAAAGUCCCUUUUGUUUUAAAUUUGAAAAUGUUUAAAAACAUUGCAGAAAAACAUUAAGGAGGUAUGAAAUUACAGCACUUAAAAAAAGAAAAAUCAAAAAUUAUAUAUUCUACAUAAAUUUACAAUCAUGAAAGAGAUUUAGGUUGGUUCCCACAAUAGUAAGAUUUUUGAUUGCUAUUAUUAUUUACUGAUGAAUUUUUAAUUGAUGCUUUUGCAUUUUUAAGUCAUGCUUUUCCAACUCAUGGUUGGUGGUUAGUUUUAAAAUAAAAAAUUUAAUUAAAUUAAUCACAAUGGUAUAUUAACAAACAUUUUCCCAGUAAAUUACGAUUAGAUUUGACAACUUCACAGACAGAUUUUAAGGUAAUUAAUACAACUCACCAUUAUAAGAAAGUUUAUUUAAAUACAGGGUGAUAUUAGCACACAAAAAUAAAAUAUAAACUUCCAUGUUAAAAAUGAUGAUAAAUUCUCUCUGUAUUUCGUUGUUACUAAUAGAUGUCAGGUUGCAUUUAAAUUUUAUGUUUAAUUGAACGAGGUUUAUGGUGGAGUGGUCCAUGAGGAGUGGUGCAGUCUACAAGAGAGUGAUGCACUAUAAAUAAAAUCAUUUGCUCAUGAGGGACUUAAACGAACUGGCAGCCUUGCAGUUAAGCAUGUGCAUGGUAUAUUUGAAAUACUGAUACCCUCCUAAUGGGGAACCCAAUAUAAUGUCCUUUAUUUUGUAGACGUACCUUAUAAAUUAUUAAACAAGGUAUCGGCAUGCUAUCUCAAGUUCGGAAGCACAUAAUAUGGUUUAAAUAAAAGGCAUUUAAUUACAUUUCAUGGCUGUAACUUUGAUCAGGUGUCUGGACUGAGCAACAAUAAAACAAAGAAAAAUAUGAUACUGUA